AGAAAAAGAUAUUAGGAAGACCGUAGAAUCGGUUCAAAUAUCGAAAUACUCACCGAUACACCACAUCCCACCACACUAAAAAUACUUUCCUCAAAGUUUUAUCUGGUAUUCCUCUCCGCCGAUUCUUCUGUAAUUAAUAAGUUGAUCGAAUUUAAUUUUUAAGUUUGAUUUUCUUUGGUUUUAUCUACGAUCGUCCAGCUUUUGCUGUUUUUGUGAUGGUGAAGUGUUGAGUGGGUGUGAUUUGCAUGGGUAACGAUGCCAGAGUUGCGAAGCGGAGCACGGAGAUCAAAACGGCUUAGUGAUCUUCAGCCUGCCCCUCAACACCCUGAUAACGAAGAAAAUUUUGUGGCACCCACUCAGAACAGAGCCAGAAGGAGAGGAAGAGGGAGAGGCAAUGCAGUGGCUGUAGCAAAAGGGCCGUCAGCAGUGACACCUUCAAGGCCAACGGCUGCUGGAAGAGGCAGGGGCGCUAGGUUUAUAGGUUUAGAUUCGGAGCCUCAUCGUGAGGUUCUUCCUCAAGCUGUUGCCUUUGGGGCUGGGGAACCAAUUUUUAAUAGAAUAGAGGGAAUUGCAAAUAAGGAAAUUGCCAUGAAUGGUGGGAGUGCGGACAAAAUAAUGGGAGUUGAAGAAGAAGCAAGUACAACUCCCGUACCUGAAAGGGUACAAGUGGGUAGUUCUCCAGUGUAUAAGACAGAAAGGAAGUUAGGUAAAGGUGGUUUUGGUCAAGUUUAUGUUGGUCGAAGGGUUAAUGGUGGCACCGAAAGAACAGGAGCAGAUGCGGUUGAGGUUGCAUUGAAGUUUGAGCACCGAAACAGUAAGGGUUGCAAUUAUGGCCCUCCAUAUGAGUGGCAGGUGUACAAUAACCUGAACGGAUGUUAUGGGAUCCCAUGGGUUCACUACAAGGGUCGUCAAGGAGAUUUUUACAUCCUGGUCAUGGACAUGCUUGGACCCAGUCUAUGGGAUGUUUGGAAUUCUUUAGGCCAGUCAAUGUCUACCAGCAUGGUGGCUUGUAUUGCCGUGGAGGCUAUAUCAAUUCUUGAAAAGCUUCACAUGAAGGGGUUUGUACAUGGAGAUGUGAAGCCAGAGAAUUUUCUACUUGGUCAACCUGGAACUGCUGAUGAGAAAAAGCUAUAUCUCAUUGAUCUUGGCUUGGCAUCCAGGUGGAAAGACGCAUCUUCUGCUCAGCAUGUUGAAUAUGAUCAGAGGCCUGAUAUAUUUAGGGGCACAGUAAGGUAUGCAAGUGUGCAUGCACAUUUGGGUCGUACUGGGAGUAGGAGGGAUGAUCUUGAGUCAUUGGCGUACACACUGAUAUUUCUAAUUAAGGGAAGGUUACCAUGGCAAGGGUAUCAGGGUGACAACAAGAGUUUUUUAGUUUCUAAAAAGAAAAUGGCUACUCCUUCAGAAUUGAUGUGCAGCUUUUGUCCUGCUCCAUUCAAAUGGUUCCUUGAGGCUGUUACAAAUAUGAACUUUGACGAGGAACCAAAUUAUUCUAAGUUGAUAGCAUUAUUUGAGAGUCUUAUCGAACCGUGCUCAUCGUUAAGACUAAUAAGAAUUGAUGGAGCUCUAAAGGUUGGCCAGAAGCGUGGAAGGUUGCCGAUUAACUUAGAAGAGGACGAACAACCAAAGAAGAAAGUGCGACUAGGUAGUCCAGCUACCCAGUGGAUUUCGGUGUAUAAUGCACGUCGUCCCAUGAAACAAAGAUAUCAUUACAAUGUUGCAGACUCAAGGCUCUUUCAGCAUGUAGAAAAGGGUACCCAAGAUGGUUUAUAUAUUAGCUGCGUGGCUUCAGCAUCAAGUCUUUGGGCCUUAAUCAUGGAUGCCGGAACAGGUUUCACUUCACAGGUGUAUGAGCUUUCAGCUGUAUUCCUUCAUAAGGAUUGGAUCAUGGAACAGUGGGAAAAAAAUUAUUACAUCAGUUCAAUAGCAGGUGCAGCUAAUGGAAGUUCCUUGGUGGUUAUGUCUAAAGGAACUCCUUACACCCAGCAGUCCUAUAAAGUCAGUGAAUCAUUUCCUUUCAAGUGGAUUAAUAAAAAGUGGAAGGAAGGUUUCCAUGUCACAUCCAUGACUACAGCUGGCAAUCGCUGGGGUGUUGUAAUGUCUAGAAAUUCUGGGUAUUCUGAGCAGGUUGUAGAGCUUGAUUUUCUGUACCCAAGUGAGGGAAUACAUCGCCGCUGGGAAAGUGGUUAUAGAAUAACUUCCAUGGCUGCGACUGAUGAUCAAGCAGCCUUCAUUCUGAGUACACUAAAGCGAAAACUGGUAGACGAGACUCAGGAAACUCUUCGCACAUCUGCUUUCCCAAGUACCCAUGUAAAGGAGAAAUGGUCCAAAAAUCUCUACAUUGCAUCCAUUUGUUAUGGUCGUACUGUGUGCUGAAGCUUUUGUAUGUAUUUUUGUUGGAGUGAAUGGGUUGACUUUUUGAAAGCUGAUUUAUCGAGCCUCGAUUGGGUGAAAGUACACCUUUAUCUUUCUACCGAAGAUCAUGUUAUUUGUUGCCACCGUGAAAUGUACUUAUUAAACUUUUGUAAAAUGGUACAAAGACCUGAAGAAGAACACAAGUCGUAAAAGGUGGCACAAAAAAGGCAGAGGUCGGCCGAGCGAACAAAAAUUUAUGUCAAUUCGCCUUGGUUAUUCACUCCCUUGAAAUAAAAUGGCAUGUAUUUAUAUAAAGCAAAUUACAUAGAGAUGACUUCAAAGUUCAAAGACGUGGGUGGGGCCCUUUGGCCAUUAUGAUAUUUCCUGAGGAUUCUAAUAAUCUUUCUUCUUCAUAUGAUUCGAUUAUUUCUUUUA